AUGUCGGAGGGUAAUGAAAAUACUAACCAAGAUAUUCUUCCUGAUGAUGAUUUAACUUUACAAUCUAUUAAAUCAACUAAAGACCAACUGAUUAGAGUAAAUCGACCAAGAGCUAUAAGAGCUUGUGAUAAUUGUAGAAGAAGAAAAAUUAAGUGUAGCGAUGUAGAUGUUCAUACUGGUAAGUGCUCCAAUUGUGUGAAAUUAGCAAUGGAUUGUACGUUCCAUCAACAUUAUAAUUCUCUUUUGAAAAAGCAAGUUAAAAGAAAAAUAAAGCAUAAGAGAGAGUCUAUUGAAGAAAUACGUUUAAGAUGUUCUUUAGAGAAAGAAGUUGUUUCCGUACCACCUAAUGGUAUUAAAAAUAAUAUUUUUCUCAAUGCACCUUCCAUCGAUGUGGGUGAUAUUCCAGUGAGUACAGGUUCUAGUGAUUCUUCCUUGUUUUUGAAUAAUAGCGUAUGUCAUAGAUUGUCAAAUUUAGAAUCAAAAAUUGGCUAUUUAACAGAUUUGGUUCAAAAAUUAACCAGCGGUAAUAAUAAUAAUAAUAGUAAUGAUAACGAUAGUGAUAAUGAUGGUGGUAAUAGUAAUAGUAAUUCUGCUGCGCAACGCACAUUCAGCGAAAAAAAAACUCCUGAGCCUUUAAAUACUAUUAAAACCUUUGGAGUCAACUGUUUUGAUAAAUCGGGUUAUAAAUUCUCCAAAGCUUAUAAUCCCCUUUCGUGUUCGUUUGUUAAUACUUUCUUAAUCGAAGAAUUGAAACAUAACAUCUAUAUUAAAAACGGGUUUCAGCCAAAUAUUAUCAAACCAUUAUAUUUAAUGAGAGAUGUCCACGCCGAAUAUUGUAUCAUUAAUUUUCUAGGUUCUAAGAUUUUGAAUUUGUUAAAUAUUUUGAACGCCAGAAAUAAAGUCACGAAUAACAAUCCGUUACAAAUGACUUUCGAAUUACCGUCUCUGAACAAAUGUAAAAGGCUAAUAGAAAUCUUUAAAAAAGAGGUCAUAUCGCAUCAAUUUAAUUUGUUUGGUGAAACAGAUGUGGAAGGACUUGCACAAGAUUAUCAUCUUGUUUUAAACAACAGAAAAAAUUUUUCCAGCACUGAGAACGUGGACACUACUAAUACGGCAUUUCAUCCAGAAUUAGUCCCUAAUUUGUUAUUAUUAAAUAUAACGCUAUGUAUUGGUGCAUAUGUGUUUCGAUGUAGAGGUUCGGAUGAUUUAUUAAUUAGAAAAGACAAAUUGAUUAUUACCUCCGAAGAAAUUCGAAAAAUAGAAAUAGAAACUUUAUACAACUCCUUCUACUACUAUAAAAUAAUAGAUUCGUCUUUCGAUAGCUGGGAAACAUUGAAGGGAAUAUUUAUGCUUUAUCAUUAUUGCAACUCCCAACUAAACGAAGACAUAUCGCAUGAAAUAUUGAUGAAAUUUCUUUAUCUUUGUGAGAAAAUGAAUUGUCAUGUAUUGAGACCAGUUCACAAAGAAUCUACAAAAUCUUUUAUGUUGAAGAAAUAUUUCUGGUUUUUAGGAUACUGUGAAAGUCUUGGUAGAUCUCUAAAAUUUAACGAAACGCCAAUCAUGUUAGCCGUUGAUGCUGAUGUGUUAACUGAUUACGCAUUUUCCAAUAUUAUUAAAGUUUGGGCCCAUUCUAUAUCGGUACCGGAUGAUGUUGUGGCUGAACUUGAGGCUUUGUCCGAUGUAGAUGAUUGUCUAAAAGUUUGUUUGAAAGAACUAAGACUUUUCCCCAUUUAUAUGUAUUAUUACAUGGCCCAACUUUAUGAUAUUGCUUCAAAUAUACACUUGAAUUUUUUUAGCGGUACUAGUUUAUUAAACAUAGAUUUUGAUUCUGUUAUCGACAAAUAUUUUAUUUUAGAAGAUCAACUGUUAAAGUGGAGAAAAAAUUUGCCGGACUUCUUAAAAAUAGAACAAUAUCGUCAGUUAAUAUCCAAUCUUUUCAAUGUUUAUUCUGAUGAACUCAACAACUUAAAAUAUACUACUUAUGUCAAGAGGAUCUUAUCCAUACAUAUAGAAUACAAUUAUUUGCAUUGCUUAUUAAAUGGAUUUAUACUACGUUUUAUAAAUGACAACAAAGGUCCAGCUUCUCUUUCACGACACGACAUUUUGAAAUUAAUUCAAAAUAGUAAAAGCUCGCUGGAAAGGCACUCUAUUAAUAAUUUAAAUGCAUUGGAACAUCUAGAUGUUAUGGAUCUCACAAACACAAAAUCGGUUUAUAGUUUCUUUUUCGCAUUUGUCACUAUAUUUUUCAUGGUUAUGGGCGAAGUUAAAGCAGAUAAAAGGGAAGAGUAUUUAUCCUUUUUAUUGAAGUCAUUCAAUACAUUGAAUUCUCAAUUUAAAAAAUACAAUCCGAAUCACUCGUACAAUGGUAUUGUUUGCUAUAUCUAUUCGUUUGUUACCAACGCCAUAAGUUUGGGCUUGAUGUUUAAUGAAUAUAAUCAAUAUAGCACCUCGAAACUCUAUGAAACUUGUAACUUUGUUGACAAGGACUUAUCAGAAGCUAGUGCCACUUUAAGGAACAUUUAUAAAAAUAAAAAACUAAAUAUUCUAAACAUAGCAAAGGAAUUGAAAGCUAUCUACCAAACAUAUUGGGAUACAAAUGCUCAUAUCGAAGGACAACUUUUCCAAGAUUUUUUUGCUGAUCUAAACGAGGAAAAUUUUGAAAGGGUUAUUUCUAUUUCAAUGAAAAAAUCAGAAAAAUGGGAAAAAUAUAAAAUUGACGAACUGGCAAAUGAGGCCUUUGUUCGUCUUGAUGAAACUAUUUUCCAAAUAGCUGCCUUAUUAGGAUUGACCAUUUGA